CGGCUCAGCGGGAACCGGAACUACAGAGAAGUGAUGUUGGCCCUGACGGUGCUGGAGACUUGUGUGAAGAACUGUGGCCAUCGCUUUCACCUCCUCGUGGCCAACCGAGACUUCAUUGACAGCGUUCUGGUCAAAAUUAUCUCCCCCAAGAAUAACCCUCCCACCAUCGUCCAGGACAAAGUGCUUGCUCUAAUUCAGGCGUGGGCAGAUGCCUUUAGGAGCAGUCCCGACCUCACUGGCGUUGUGCACAUAUAUGAAGAACUGAAGAGGAAGGGAGUCGAAUUUCCCAUGGCAGACUUGGACGCUUUGUCUCCUAUCCACACACCCCAGCGGAGUGUCCCAGAAAUGGAUCCAGCUGCCACCAUGCCCAAGUCCCAGUCGCAACCCAGGACAAGUGCCGGCACCUAUCCCUCACCUCCUCCAGCUUCCUACUCUGCUCUGCAGGCCCCGGCUCUGAGUGUGACUGGCCCCAUCACAGCCAAUUCAGAACAGAUUGCUAGGCUGCGCAGUGAGCUGGACAUUGUUCGGGGAAACACAAAAGUCAUGUCUGAGAUGUUAACAGAAAUGGUCCCUGGGCAGGAGGAUUCUUCUGAUUUGGAACUUCUCCAGGAGCUGAACAGGACCUGCCGGGCCAUGCAGCACCGCAUAGUGGAGCUCAUCUCCCGAGUGUCCAAUGAAGAGGUCACUGAGGAGCUGCUGCACGUCAACGAUGACCUCAACAACGUCUUCCUCCGUUACGAGAGGUUCGAGAGGUACAGGUCCGGCCGAUCUGUUCAGAAUGCCAGCAAUGGAGUACUGAGCGAAGUGACUGAAGACAACUUGAUAGACCUGGGCCCUGGCUCCCCUGCUGUGGUGAGCCCCAUGGUAGGGAGCACAGCACCCCCAUCUUCUCUCUCCUCCCAACUCGCAGGCUUGGACUUGGGGACAGAAAGUGUCAGUGGCACCCUCAGUUCACUUCAACAGUGUAAGCCUCAUGAUGGUUUUGACAUGUUUGCCCAGACCAGAGGGAACUCCUUGGCUGAACAGCGAAAGACGGUCACCUACGAGGAUCCCCAGGCUGCUGGAGGACUCGCUUCUGCUCUAGACAAUCGGAAACAGAACUCAGACAUGUUCCCUGUUGUGCAGCCCUCUGUCAUGGACGACAUUGAGGUGUGGCUCAGGACAGACCUGAAGGGUGAUGACCUGGAAGAGGGUGUCACAAGUGAAGUUCCUGGAAGAGCGAGCCAAAGCUGCAGAAACAGUUCCAGACCUGCCCUCACCCCCCACAGAGGCCCCUGCACCAGCCUCAAAUACUUCCAACCGGAAGAAGCCAGAGCGGUCUGAGGAUGCACUCUUUGCCCUGUGAGCUGUCCUGUGGUUUGCCUGGCCAUGGCAAGUCACUGCUGACUCUCCUAGUGGACACUGGGCACUGGCCACUCCCCAGCCCCUUAGCCUGCACACCUGUAUCUCCAUGGAAAUGCCACUGUUUGCUCCCAGGCCUCCCUGGUCAGGGCCUGCCUGGCCACCUUUUCUCUGGGUUCCAACAGUACUGACCAGGGGGCCUGUCCUCCCUCACCCUAAGGGCUCUCUUGGCCUUGGGUCUUACUAGGAAGAAGCAGCAGUCCAGCCCCAGGCAGGGUAGCCCCUUGAUACUUUCUGAGCAGAGCUCCUGAACUGACUCUCUCACCAUCCCUUCCUGCUUCCACCUAGCUCCAUGGCUUCCUUAGGUGAGACAUUCUGCUCCUGGGAUUCCCUUCCUCCAUCAAGGACUCUGGGAAAGCAGGGCUCAAGUAUUUGUAACCACAGGCUUAGUCUCUCUCCUUAGACUAUGUGGCACUGGUGUGUUUGUACUUGAGUGGGCUCCGUGGGCUACUACCUUGAUGAUCCCUCAUGUCCCUGGCCCUCUCUCCAUCAGUUAGCUGCCAGGCCGGGACCAAGACAGGGACCUGUGGCUCUUGGUGUGAGAACGGCCCAGAGUGGCAUGUGCUCUGAGAAUGGUAGACAGCUUACUGCAUGCAUACUGUGCACACUCACACAUCAGCCCGGAUGUCUAGAGAGGGUUGUUUGCUAAAGAAACAUGACUUUAAUGUAGUCUAUGACUAGGCUUCGCCUUUAACAACCUCCACACAGCUACCUCCAGGCCCCACAGCAGUAGCUGUGUGCUGUGCCUAGAGGUUCUGGAUGACCAGGAGACACAUUAGGCUGGAGCCAUGCUCUUCCCCUCCCUGACAUGGCCUCAGCCUUCAUGGCUGUCCCCACUUGACUUGCCACUCACCUCCCAUGUCCCCCAUCACCAGUUUCAAUCUGAAGCCUGACAACCUGGAUCUGAGCAAACGAGAGCUGGUGAUACCUGCUCCUGCCCUUGUCUUGGCUGGUUUAUCUCUUGGCCCUGAGCAGAUGACCCAGUGCUCCCUUAGUCCUGCUCUGGCUACUCUUGCCCAGAAAAUGGAAAAUGCUACUGCAGCUGUAUUACUGUAUACUGGGCAGGUCCCCACACGUUCCCCACCCAAUGUGUGGUCAGCCAUUCCCACUGUUAGGAUGACCCAGUGCUACACCUCUCACCACCCGAGCACCAGCCCCAGAAGGCAAGGGAGGCUAGGUUCAAGGUGCAGUGAGACCAGUGCACAGGUUCUGGGCCCCUCUUAGGAUGGGGCCACAGCUCUGGGUAAGAACAGAAACUGCCUACCCCAGGACCCCACAUCCAACCCAGUACCUAUCCUUCAGCAGUCUCUGGAAGGUCUGGCUAUGGCUCAUCUGGUAGGACCUGUGGAGGAUAUCACACUGACCUGCAAACCGCCCAGCCCUCUCUGAGCACCUGCCACACCUCCACACUCCAUUUAGGACCCUUGGCCAAGCAGAGCUUCUCUCUCAGUGUUUCUCAAGGGCAGAGCCCUCUAAGGCUAGCCUGGCUGUUAAGGCCUCUGAAGGCUCAUCAUACCAGAGGAGGCUGGGGCGCCCAGUAUACCUGGAGGCUUGGCCUUGGGCACAGUCUAGAAGGGUUGUCUUCGAGGAUCAGCUGUGCACAGUCUAAAGAGCUGGGCCUGUGGGCGGCAAGCAGUCAGGCCAGCCAGCAUCUCUGAAUUGAGGCGGCCCCUUGCUUGUGGGUCAUGUAGAGAGGAAGAUGGGCCUCCAUCAGGGAGAGAGACUGAUGUAGGGGCCUACACCAGUGUCCAGAUAGAGCUGCCCCGUCUUCCCAACUGCAGCUGCUGAGUGAGGCUUAGAGAAGCCCAACUGCCCUGGGGGCGGCAGAUACUCAAGGACUCCCAUAGGCUGUCAAGAGGCCAACCAGCCAGUGGUUUGGUUUAUAUUCUUCACAUCUAGAGGUAGUCUGCCUUAUCUGUGGGCUGAAGUGACAUGUGCCUGAGGCCUUUAUGAGAAGCAAGCUCGGUCCUGGGGGAUCCUGAAGAGGGUUCAACUCUGUGGACUGUCCUGUCCUGAGGCCUCUGGCCCUCUCAAGCCAGCAGCCUCUACAAGUGUUAGAAAUCACAGCUAGAGUGUGUACUUAAUUACACUAAAUUAUUGCCGGGACUCAUAAGCACUAAUUACACCUGAUUAUAGGUUAAAAUAUUUAUUUUGUCAAAAUAUUUUCUUGAGGAUGUGUUUAACCUUUUCUUGUUCAUUGUGUGCUGAAGUGUGAAGACUGCUUCUUCCUACCUUUUUGGCCAUCAUGUGAAGGAAAGUCACCAGGUGUAUUUUGACCCUGUGAGCCUGCCAUAGAGUGACCCCUGCCCAGGUACCAAGAAGGCAGGCUGGAGUUGGGCCAAGACUGACCAACUCAUUUGUCUGUAUUUGGGACAUGGGGUUUCAGAGCCAAAGGGCUUCUUGGUAGCUGUGGCCAGAGCUGGCUUCCAUUUUUCCUGUCAGCCCCUCUGUGUGAGUGACUGUGCCUUGGAUCACUGCCCUUGUCCUCCUCACCUGGCCCAUGCUGUCACCCAUAGCACUGUUUACCUGGAAAAGUGGUGGCCAUAACCUAGGUAGCCUGGUGGCAGCGAGUUCCUUUGCUCCAACCCAAGACUUUCCUACCUGCAACCCUCUGGCUGAUGGUCUCAGAUGGCUCAGGGUAGACCACAGGCACUCUUGGGGCGAGGUCAGCCCUAGGUGGCUGGAAGAGCAGCAUGAGAGCCAUUGUUCCUGCCUGGUCAAUCCACAGCCUCCCUGUGGUCUGCUGUUGUGAUGACUGGGGUCUCCCUGUGUGCUCAGCCACACAGGAGGCCAGUAAGGGAAUAUGUCUCUACUUGGAGGUCCUCCCUUUGUGGCCCUGUGGUACCCACUUAGCCAAGUGCCCAUCUCCAGCCCUUCUUGUUCAUGGAGGUCUAGGCUAGGCUUUCCCUAGUCCCCAAGAACAACUGUCAACCCUGUGUUCUGAUUGAUCCUGCCAUACUCACACUCCAGGCUCUCUGGGAGAGCAGGGGUAGUAUUUCUUCCUAAAGUUUGCACUUCAUUUGUGGGGAUCCGAGGAUCCUUGGGGCUGCUGGAAAGACGGUAUUGAGUUUGUUAUCCUGUUGUCUUACAAGUCAGACUCUUGUCACUGUCCGUGUUUCUGUGGGAAGAGCUGGUUCUGGAGGGUGGCUCAGCGUGACAACUAAUGUGUCCCCCACCCCACUGGUUCUGCUUCCAAAUACUGUCUAAUUUGUGUUCUUGCAUGUAAAGUACGCCACAAUAAAUAGUUGAACCAGC